AAAAUUUAAAUUUCUCAGUUGGUGUUGCAUUGCGUGAUCAUUUUCUGCGUUGAGACCUUGAUAUGCAUUCUCAAUAAAAUUCGUCUCUGCUCUCUCAUUGGUUCUCAUAUAACCGUUUUUCUCUCUCUCAUUUCUUAUCUAUUCUCUCUUUUUCAUUUCAUUCUCCUCUAUCUCUUUCUCUCUGCGUUGGUUUCCACUUUCUUCUACAACACUAUGGCUUCAACUCCACCUCCACCAGAUUCUCAUCCUCAGCCUUCUUAUUCAAGGGAGCGUUAUUUGGAGGCUAUUUUACUUGAGGCUGAUAAGCUGAAAAAUUCUGAGGAAGCUUAUCAACUUGUUUUUUCGACUGCACUUGCCACUUCUCUUUGGCAUGAUCAAAACUUGGGAUGGCCUAUAUUGGAGUUUGAAGGGAGGGAUGCGCUUCUGGAAAAAGCCUUGUUAUUUGCAAGUGAUGUGUCAAGCAAAUUUCGUGAUUGUGCAAUUGAGGAAGCUAAGCUACUAUCAUCAUCAAUUGAUCCCAGCAUUUUUGAAAUAGUGAAUAAUAUGAAAGCUUUUCGCACGCAUGAUUCUUUUAGAGGGAUAACACUGUGUUUGAAGAAACUUUUGGAUUUUCAUUGUAAUGAAGAUCUCUCUGAAUACGAUUGGCCGGAGAAUAUGUUUGGGUUUGAUGAUAAUUGUAUUGAAGACAUGAUGAUGAAUAGGAAGCUUUCUCUUGAGACAUUUAUUUACUGUUGGACAUGUUUGAAGAAAAACAUGGAGGCUUUAGUAAACUGUCUUGGCAGUGAGUUCAAUGGUGACAGUGAGAUUGACAGGUUUGUAUUGAGCUACUUGGGUGUGUGGAAUCUGGAUGGCACUUAUGUUCUGCUCAUGCCUGAAGCCAAGUGGGUGGAGGAGCUGGCCGAUAAAAGUCUAAAGAGAAAUGGAAGUCUAGUCUCAGUUGACUUUGAAGAUUUGGUUACUUCUGCUGGGAGAAUUUGGAUUGAAGAAAUGUCAGUUUUUGCAAUGACUUGUUGCGACCAACUUGAGAGCAUUGCUGAUUUUUUAUAUCAGAAAAAGUAUCCUUCUAAAGCUCUUUGCUUCAUGACAUUUCUGCACAUAUUUGAGGUGAUUCGAUUUCUCAAACCGUAUCUGCGUAGGCUUCAACAUACAGAAGCAUUAACAAUGUAUGAGCAGCUUCGGAAACGCGCCGUUCAUGUGUUUUAUGUAUUGGUCAAUCCUUUGGGUUGGGAUACAUCGAUGACCAAAGACAUGGCUUUGGCAAGGAAAAGUGAAGCUUGUUUAGUGGUUGCCACAGAAUAUAUGCGUGAAAAAAUAAAGGGAAAAAAUAGAUUGAAUGAAAGUGACAUGGCACUUGUUGCCCAAAUGGUGCUUUCCACUCCAAAUUUGAGAAAAGAGGUUUAUAUAAAUCUUCAAAAGAAAUUAAAAAACAAUGAGGUAUGGUAUAAUUUCAUUGGAACAUAUGUAGAAGAGGUCAGUGAAUUAAACCAAUUGUUGUCACUUUAUGAAGUGGUUAAGCAUACCAAGAUGUGUAGUAAGUGGAAGGAUCAAGAAGAAAGAGUAAUGUCUUAUCGCCAAAUGUACAUGAUUGAGAGGCUUCUAACCUUAACAUCACUUGCCAAGGGUACAAGCUACCUUACUAAGUCAAAUUUGGCAGACUUGAUUGUUCAGUAUGAUGAACAAUCAAGCUUAAGAUUGAGUUCCUUGGGUAGUAUAAAAGCUAAUCAAUUGGAGGACAUACUCAUGUUCUUUGCCAAAUUUUUGGUUGAGUUUACUAAAAACUUAAAUUUGUUCCCGGUUGAAGACUUAUGUUGUCUUACUUUAAGAGCAGUUGUUUGGGCUUGUUUACUCUAUCUUACCUUUGGAGGAGAACACUUAGAUUUCUUGAAGUGUAUGUUGCUGGAUGACAAUAUAACUUCUCAUUUGCCAUCAACCUUUAAGAAAGCUUUGGAAAUAAGAAGGAAAGAGGAUAUCAUUGAUGUAAAAAUGGUUGCUAGAGCAUUCCAAAAGCUUAACAAUCCUUUGAUGCUGAUUCAAAGCUUAAGGAAAGAGGAUAACUCAGUAACUAUUUUAUAUGCUGAUUCAGAUUCAGAUUCAACCUUUGAUGCUGGUAGCUCUUGCUUUUGGGAUGCUCUGCAGGACUGUUCUUCAAAGAUCUCACAUAUUCAGAAAUUUUUGGAUCGAAUGCUCCCAUUGUUGUCUUCGUCUGUUCAAGACCCGAUUUGCAUAGCCAAUCAAUGUCAAAUGCGGGAAUUCACCCGGCUGAUAGGUGAAAUGGAGCAACUUCAUGAAGAAGUUAAACAUAGUCCCUGCUGUAUGGAUUUGGUGGUCAAGAUCUCAAAGACAAUACUUUUAAGACGAUCAAGAAUGACUGGCAUUUUGGAUCAACAUAUCUUGUUGUGUAAAAAGAAUGACGCCGAUGAAGAAGAAGAAUGGGAGACUGAAACUGAUGAAGAAAAUGAAGAGGUGAAAAACGAUUACAAAUACGAAGGAGACUUCAAUACUGAUGAUGAUGAAUGGUAGACCAUGUAUAUUCUGAUAAAACAAUUUAAAGUUCAUAUAAAACAAUUUCAUGUGGUUGUAUAUUCUGAUGAAUGGUAGACUUCAAUACUUUCUAGCUGUUCAUAUAAAACAAUUUUUAGUGAUCAAUCCCUGCACCGAGUUGGGAUGUUUUCCUUUAA